AUAGGAGAGGGCUACCGACUGAUGCAAACUCCUAGCAAUAGCAUUUUCUGAUAGGAUCAUCACAUGAGCGCCUGCAAACUCCUAGCAAUAGCAUUUUCUGAUAGGAUCAUCACAUGAGCGCCUUCAAGGAAAAAAAUACCAGGAGGUUUGAUGCCUUGCUUGGAUAUGAAGUUUAAGGAGUGGGAGAACAGCUAAGUUUGAUAAAUCAAUGUUAGGUUAAAUUUCUUGGCUGAUGCCUCAAAGAGAAAAGUAAAUGGUAUGCUCCACCAUUUCUUUAUAGAAAAUUAAUUGAACCUUUUUUUCUCUUUUGUGACAAGGUUUUCUAGUAAGCCCCUGCUGAUGGCUCUGGGAAGAGCUUUGUGAAAGAGGAGGAGGUGGGUUAGCUGCCCAGAUCAGCCCCCUUCUAGCCACUGACCUGGAUGCGGUUCCUGUAUGUCAGAAAGCCUGGCUUCAUUCGUCACUGGGGUUGGAGCCGCAUUUGAGACCAGAGGGAGAGAGGCCUGGGUGAAAGAUCGAGUCAUUGCUGCCAAGAGCUGCUGUGUUAGCCCCAGCACAUUGUCACUUUAAUGAAGCUGUUUGCCCUUCCCCUGGCGAUUGCCAGCGUUUCCCUGGGAGUGGACCCUUGUCAUAGCAUGUAGGUAAUGAUAGUCUCCCACGAGACAAUCAGAGAGGCCUCCGCAAAGCGACACGAGCUGUGUCAUUUGGAAAAGAAAGCGAGAACCAGACCCUUGGUGUGUAGCUGAAAGACAGUCAAUCUUCAGAAAGCUAGGCCUGACAUCUCUUUGGUGACAGUUCUUUAAACUGCGAAGUCAGAGAGAGGAGGUUUGGUCUCCUAAGUAACGCUGCUCUGCUGGCCCCUCAGUCGUUUCGCUCUAAUCGCAGACUUUCUUCUCCCUUGGACUCACUCCUCACCCCAGCUUGAGCCCAGCCUAGGACCAGGUGAAGACAAGGAAUGCCCAGGAAGUGUGUCCCCCCCCCCCAUACCCCUGCCACCACCGGCCCAGGUAUGGGAGACCCAGGAGUGGGGCAGGGCAGAGGUGCCCCGCAGCCUGCUGGACCAGAGGAAGGGCGUGAACUGGAGGGAGGGGCAGCGAGGUGUUGCCUCUUGGGAAGUUCCUGCCUUGUGUCUGGGCUUUUGCAGUGUGAAGAGUUGUUGGCUGCCUCUGGCCCCGGAGCCCUGGCUCCUGUUUAAUAUUCUGCCUGCUCCGUUGAUGUUGUGCUUGGCUCCUGUGGGACUGCAACUCACGGCUUGAAACUGGAGCCAAUUUUCUGUCUUCAUCUCGCAGUGUUUUGACUGGAGGCAGAUCCAGUUCAGGCCGAUCAGGGCUGGUGGAAACAACUACCAAGUGUCUCUGUGUCUGCCGCGCUCUGGGAGAAGCUGGAGGGAGCCCCAGAAUGUUGGAGAGGAGCUGGCCUUGGCAAGCAGAGGAGGAGGGGGCAGGGGGCAGCGGAACACACUGAGCAUCUGUUGGAAUUACGGUGGAGGGUUCUGCCUCCCCACCCGUUUCUUUUGAUUGAUUAGUGGAUUUCAUCAAAGGAGACUCCCAGGGGAUCGACUAGAAAAUUGAUUUUGCCUUAUUAAUAGAAAAGAAGCGCAAGGGUUUUGGCCCUGCCUCUUAGCGAUCUGAGGCUGUCAGCGAUGACUCUGGUUCUGUCCAUGAAUAGAUUCUGCGAGCCCAUUGUCUCGGAAGGAGCUGCUGAAAUUGCCGGAUACCAGACGCUAUGGGAGGCUGACAGCUACAGAGGCCUGAGCCCCCCGGGGCCAGCCCAGGCUCCUUCGCAGGGAGACCGGGGGGCCGGGCCCCCUCUGGCAGGAUCACAUUACAGGGGAAUUUCAAAUCCUAUAACAACAUCCAAGAUCACAUACUUUAAGAGGAAGUAUGUGGAAGAAGAGGAUUUUCACCCACCACUCAGCAGCUGUAGCCAUAAAACCAUCUCAAUUUUUGAGGAACGAGCCCACAUCCUUUAUAUGUCCUUAGAAAAGCUCAAGUUUAUUGAUGAUCCAGAAGUGUACCUCCGAAGGUCUGUCCUUAUAAACAAUUUGAUGAAAAGGAUCCACGGAGAAAUCAUCAUGCAGAAUAACUGGUGCUUCCCUGCCUGCUCCUUCAGCGGCGCCUCCGCCCAAGAGUGGUUUAUGACGCAAGACUGCCCUUACCGCAAACGACCCCGGAUGGCCAAAGAGGAGUGUGAGAAGUUCCACGCCUGCUGCUUCUACCAAGAGUGUGGUGGUCACUACCUAAAUUUACCCUUCUCUGUCAAUGCUAAUGUCGGAAGUGCCUCCAACGCCGCCUCCUCUUCCGCUUCCUCUUCCUCUCCCCCUCUACCAUUACCGAGUUGUUCCCACCAGGUGGAUUUUGAUGUAGGCAGUGCACCUGUGUACAAGAGUGAUGGCCAGAUACCUGCCAAUGAAAUCUUUGUUACUAAUGUCAGGUCACUAAAUGAUGAGAAAGCAAAUAAUGACACCAGCAGAGAUGGUGGCCCCCUCAGCCAUGAACCUGUGGGAAAUGACCUUGCUUUUGAGUGCAAAGGCCAAUUUUAUGAUUAUUUUGAGACUGGAUAUAAUGAGAAAAACAAUGUCAGUGAGUCUUGGAAAAAGUCCUUAAGGAAAAAGGAGCCUUCACCGAGUAGCAAACUGUGCUGCAGCAAAGGAAGUAAAAUAUGAGCCAUCUUUGCCCCAAACUUUGACGCAUGCCCAGCAUGAUCAAUUAGCUCUCAUAAAUUUUAUUUUGAAUGGAUUUUAUAGUUUUGUACAACUGAUAAAAUUAUGCCAUGAACAUGCCGUGUCAUUUUAAUGCCUGAAGAGCAGAUUGCAUUAAACAUCUGUAAAGUAGGUAUCAGCAAGCUACUUAUCAAUGUGGUGAUUUUUACCAAGAAAACAGUUGACUUAAUGCAGAAGAGUGUAUCUUAGUUUUCUUACAGAAGAGACAAAUAGAUUAGAUGGGGGGUGGAGACAGUGUGCCCCUCUGACAUCCCCCAAGGAGCCUGUCACUAGCUAAGAACCUUCAACAUGGUUGCCAAUUAAUUAGGUGGUUAUUUGGCAAGCCAAUCAAUGUAACCAGCAAAGGAUGUCUGCUUCUUCUACGUGAUCCAGUUAUUUUUUUCUAAAGAAAAGACUGAAGGCAGGGAGCUAGGUGAAAUGGCUUCAUGGUGCUGUUAAGUAUUGGUAUUUAGCAGUCUCUUGUGACGUGCAAAUGGGAUGUGAUGGCAUGAAACACACACCUGUCUCGGGGCGUCAGUCUACAGUCCGCGGAGGCCAUGUUCCCUGCAGCUUCUUGACUGGCCUGUGAUGGGUGAUGAGGCUUGGAGAGAGGCGGUAUACAGGGCGAUUCUUGGUGCCUUACUUUAUCUUAAUUUUUGCCAAUGUGAAAAUUAAGGAUGAAUCAGAGUUAUAGCAGGGAUUUAACAAACAGGAAAAAAAAAACAGGGUGGAUCAGUAUGGUUUGGGAACUGUUAACUUUGAACUAUUGUGUUCAACUUUUGAUUCAACAUCUCUCUUCUUCCUUUAUUUUUGAUGCCUGAUUGCGUUUGGAGUUGGCAUUUUUUGAUAGGGACGGAGGGAACAAUAGAGAGAGCUGUGAGAAACCAGCACUUGCUGCUUGAGCUCUUCUAUGGCAAUGGCCUGUUGCUGGGGUUUAGAUUUUCUGGGUUUUGGGUUGUUUCUCUUUGGUUUGUUUCUUGUCCAAUGAAGUUCAUGAACCAGUGGCAUGCAUUAUCUUUUCGUCUGUUUUGCAUCAUUUCACUUGUUUAGAUUAUCAAAGCAUGUGGUUUUUUAUAUAUGACUUUUGCUAUUGAUUACGAAGCACAAUGUUAAUCAAUGAUGUGGUGAUCAAUGAGGUUUAUCUUAAAGAGUGUAAAGAUUUUCGUUCUGGGAAAAGUUAUUUUGGAGAAAUGGGACUUCAUCUGUAAUAGUGACUAUGUAUUCGGUCAACAUUCUCUGCAAUAACAUCUUUGAUCUGUGCGUUGGCAAGAGUGUUCAGAGUGGCCCUCUGACUUGCCUGCCUUCCACUCCAGCCAACUGCUCCUGCUACACUGUAUUCCAAUUUCCAAGCCUACUCAUGGACUUGAGCCUCUUAAACUCCAGAGGAACUAAAUGCCAAACAGAGGAAAUAAGUGAGUCCUCCCGGUUUCUCCAAGAUAAAGCUUUUUAAAAGUAUUGCUAUUAAUAUUAAAUAUAGGUCUCAUUCAUACAGUGUAUGAGUUGGAUCAUUUGGGCAGUUGUCCACAAGGACCAAUUUUUGAAACAUGUUCUUGUGUUAUAGCGAAAUAGUCUAGUAUUGUUUUGUCCUUUAUUUUCAAUAUUUGAUAAACAUUUGAUGUUGAAAAUUUAGAUGAUAGAUGCUUGUAUAUGAAUGUGUUGUAAUAAAGUGAGGUUUUCUUGAUAUAUAUUUAUUAAAAGGAUCAAAACUCAUUAAGGUUUUUUUUAUUUUAGGUGGCUAUUGGCUGUAUUUCUCUUUUCCAUUAGUCUCUCCCCUUCAUAAAAGGUUAAAGCAUCUAGAAACUGUAGUGGACAGCGGCCACACAGGAGUUUUAAAAUAAAGGUAUUUUAAGAGGCCAAUCUAACACAUGUUUUGGAAUGGUCCUAGCUUAUAGGUUUAGAUUUCUGUUGCUUAAGAAGCACAAUGUUAAUAAAUAAUGUGGUGAGCAAUAAGGUUGUAUCUUAAAGUUGUAAGCUUUUUCCUUUUUUGGAAAGUUUCUGAAAAAAAUGCGUAGCACAAAGCUGUGAAUACUGAAUCCUAGCUAUUUCCCUUAUGAAAUGUCAAAUUUUUCAAGACUAAGAGCCAGCUGUAAACAGUUACAAUAACUACCAAGGAUUGCUGAUGGUAUUCUGUACAAUUUCGUAUUGAUGUUAUUCUUGGAAGCUAAUAUUUUAUUUGAUAAAGGGAGAAGGCAAGUUGAUAGCUCAUAAGCUCAUGCAUUGGUCACAUGUAGCAUUCUUAUUAAGAGUAUCAGACCUCAUGGAGAUUUACAUAUGGACGAUAAGACUUACGCUUUUGCUUUUUCAAAGCUCCUACCGUCGCCAGUGUUUUUCCUGAUGGCCAAAGCUGUACCAUGAGAAGCUGGUGAUGGUGGAUAGGUCUCACCUGAGCUGGCGGUGCUGCUCAGUGGAAGCCACUAGAACUGCAUCUUUGCAGAAUGAUUGGUGCCUUCCAAUCCAGGAACAUAAACAUCUUUUGUAUCCAGGAUAUUUCCAACACCUAAAAUCAACUAUUUUUCUUUAUGAAAAAAGAAUCCCUGACACCAACCUAUUACAAACAUUGUCCUGUGGCUAGUCGGAGGGCUUGGGGGUCUCUUGGCUCCUACUGUGGCCUCUGACUGUCCAGCUUUGUCAUUUCUAUUCAUGACAUCUCCAGUUAGAUUAUUCUGGGGUGGCCAAGGCUUCCCUUCCGAGUAAGUGAAAGCUAUUUGUUGGGUUCUUGAGACUUGGAGAAGGUGUGAUGUCCUCCACCACCCGAGCCUGCUGACCGCGCCAGCAGGAAGCCCCUCGCAUAGCUGUGCUUGGCUUUAAGGAAGGUUUGAUGUGGCAGAAUCCAAACUCUUAGGCAGAUUAAAGGCGAUCUCGGCUUAUGAAGGUGGUCCUGCUCCCCAGGAGUGCUCUCCCUCUAGGCGUUGAAAUCCUUAGCCUGCGUCUCCUGUUCUUCCUUUCUAAAAGUGGGUGCUUGUAGAAGGUGGUCUGCCAGACCCACUUCAGACAGGUAAAGGAAUCAUGCUAGGUUCCCACUCCUAAAAUCCUGUGGUUCAACGCUUCACCUGGAAGGGGUUCUGAGGACUGAAUUGCAGGAACAAGAGCCUGGGAGCAAAGUAAACAAUUGGAAAACCAGCAGAAGCUGCUGUUUAACACGCAAUCAACAGUUAGGGUAAAACACCUUUGCAUGCUUUGGCCUGACCUUUUAAGACAACACAAAUUGAGAGAGCUUUACAAGCUACUUUGUUAAACAAAUGCAGAAGCAAGUGGAUGAAAAGUACUUAUUUUUAGAGCUCCUGGUUAACUCUGGCAAAGCAUGGCUGCAGCCCCUCCAGUCAUGAGUUUGAUCACUUCCUUUCUGUAUAUCAGAAAGAGAGCAGAGGACAACGCAGUAGAAACGACAUGGGAGUUAAGAGACGUCAACUUCACAACAAACAUCAAAGAUACCAGGAUGCCUACGUGAUACAGCUGGGCUUUUACGUGCCUGAAACUGAGCAGGAAACGUUUUGGGGAAAAAUAGAGUUGUUCAAAUCCACUUUUAUGACAGCCCCUUAAACUUCUGAAGUCCUUCCAUUUGUAGUUAAGGUUGUCACCUCUCUGCCAGUUUUACUAGGUCCUGUCCAAGACAAGGAUUCAGCAGGGCACUAACGAUGAUGGUUUAAACUAGAUACAGGACUGUCCUAUGAAGAGAAUAAAAUCAGUUUUUAAAUAAUAAGAGAUGAUGUAUGGUUUCUAGUCAUUCAUUUUAUGAUUGCUGUGUUUUGGUUCUGCGGUUUAAAAUAAAU